GUCAUCACAAAAUUCAAAUGUCAUAUUUCGUGUAAUAUCUGGAAUAAAUAAUUUUAAAGAAAUUCCUAAUUCUAUCAAGUUUCAAUUGUAUUUGUAGUUCUUCGUUUAAAAAUGAUGUCGGCGGAUAAUUCGCCGAUUAAACCUUCAAAAUCGUUCAACGAAAUAGAGAUAGCGGAGGAUUUUGAAAAUCAGGAUACAUUGUUGAAACACGUCGAUAUAUCUAUUGUGGAGUCGGAGAAACGUGCAAACGGUACACUUCACGUACGUGAUCAUUACACGGUGUAUCUAAUUGACCUAAAAGUUAAUGAUCCCGAAUACAAGCUAGUACAAUCAAAAAUUAGCACAAUUUGGAGAAGGUACACAGAGUUUGAGCAGAUACAUGAUUAUCUCCAAGUUAAAUAUCCCCAUGUAGUCAUACCACCACUACCAGAGAAACGGGUAUUAUAUGCAUGGCGAAAAUCAGAUACAACUGACCCAGAAUUUAUUGAAAGAAGACGGGCUGGAUUAGAAAAUUUCCUUUUACGAGUGGCAUCUCAUCCUCGAUUGUGUUUCGAUGAUCAGUUUAUUAAUUUCCUUCAACAGGAACAUGGCUGGAGGGAAACAAUUACUGAUAGUGGAUAUUUACUUUUGGCGGAGAACAAGCUCAAAUCACUUUCAGUAUCAAUAAGGUUAAAAAAACCUGAUCCAGAAAUUGAAAGUGUCAAAAACUAUGGAAAACAGCUGGAAACAAAUUUGGGAAACUUUCUAUAUACUAGGUCUAAAAUAAUAGAAAAAAAUUACGCACUAUGCAAGCUUCAUGCAGAUUAUGGAAAGUUAUUUAGUGAAUGGAGUGUAAUUGAAAAAGAAAUGGGCGACGGUUUACAAAAGGCCGGACAUUACUUUGAUUCAAUAGCGGACAGUAUAGAUGCAAUGGCCGAGGAUGAAGAGCAAUUGGCCGAUCAGUUGAAAGAAUACCUAUUUUAUGCAGGAGCAUUGCAACAUCUUUGUACAAACCAUGAAGCCUUGCAACGGAAUUUGGAAAUUGCUCAUGACACUCUUAACAAUAGGAUAGCUGAACGGAACCGAGCUGCUGCGGGCAAGUCGGGGCUGAUGUCGCGGCUGUUCGGCACCACGGAGCCCGACAUCGUGCGCGACCAGAGCACCCGAGCUCUCGACACCAAACUGCUCGCAGACCGACAGGCCAUCGACACUGCGCACGCGCAGCUACAAGAGUUCACAAAGAAAGCUACAGCGGAGAUAGAAUUUUUCCAGAAGCAAAAAGAUAGAGACCUGCACGAGUCGCUUGUUAGUUUUAUAACGCUACAGGUGAAGGCUGCGAAGAAGAAUUUGCAAGCGUGGACACAAAUCAAGGAAUGUAUUCAGAAUAUGCCCGCCUGAAGCAAACUCACAAGGAAUAUACCAAAUUAUUUCAUUUUUUAUAUCAUAUUUAAAAUUAUUGUGAUUAUUUUUAAAUUUCAACAAUUUAGGAAUUGAAUAAAACACCUACCAAGAAAAUUACAUUAAAUAUAAAAAAAAAAUACAACCGAGGAAAUUUAACGUUUA